GCUGGGCUGCAAUUGUUGGUGAGCAUUGCCUGCGGGCCCGAAAACAACGCGGUAAUUUUAAGUGGUUUUUUUUUUGUUUCGCUUUUCGAUGACUGAUACUCUACAUGUGCGACGAAGUAAUAAGUGUUGUCAGUGUUGACGUAAGCGUGAAGACUGUGGAGUUGUUUUCUUUCUUGGCUCAGUGAGCAGAAGGCCGUUGUGAUACUGAAAAUCGUUUUGAAUUAAGAUGGAGCUAGUUACUGCAUUGUUGGUUUUAGCGGCGCUGGCGAUCGCCACACAUUUUUACAAUCGAAGACGAAAGUGGGUGCAGUCCGUGGACCUGAUCCCUGGCCCUCCAGCUUUGCCGAUUAUAGGCAACUCCUGGGAGAUCUUAUGGACGUUCAAAACCGAUCAGACAGAGGCGAUCAGCAAUUGGACGAGGAAAUACGGCAGCAUAUACCGCCUCUGGCUCGGACUUGGGCAUGCCGUUGUUGUGCUCAACAACCCGGAGGAUGUUGAGAUUCUUCUGAGUGGCUCUAAGCACAUUGAAAAGUCGAACGUGUACCGUCAUUUGCAUCCCUGGCUUGGAGAAGGACUUCUCACCAGCAAAGGUCAAAAGUGGCACAUGAGAAGAAAAUUAAUAACACCAACUUUCCACUUCCGUAUUUUGGAUCAAUUCGUGCAAGUGUUCGACAGUAACGGCAAUAUUCUGGUCGAGAAACUGUUAUCUACGAAUGGCAAGACAAUCAACAUCCACGAUUUCAUCACCCUAUGCACGCUUGACAUCAUAUGUGAAACUGCCAUGGGGACUAAAGUGAACGCACAACAGGACUCCAAGUCGCCGUACGUUUCUGCCGUCAGCGAUGCACUCCUCUCAGUCCACAUGCGAACCAUGCAGCCAUGGCUUGGCAACGACUGGUUGUAUAACAGAACGGAGGGAAGCAAGACCUUAAACGCCGCUCUUAAAGUUCUGCACAAAUAUUCUCGAGAGGUCAUCGAAAGCAGACGCCAGGAACGUCAAGAGCGACGCAAGGGCAGUGUGUCCAUCUCAGACAAAGACUUGGGACUUAAGAAGCGGGAGGCCUUCCUAGACCUUCUCUUGGAGGCCAGCGACUCAGCGGGCGCCGCCCUGAGCGACUCCGACAUCCAGGAGGAGGUGGACACCUUCAUGUUCGGGGGGCACGACACCACGGCGGCGGCCAUGUCCUUUAUCUUCUACAACCUUGCCGCCAAUCCGGAAGUCCAAGACCGCCUGGCCGAGGAGGUGGCCGAGGUCUUCGGUGCCUCCGAUGGCGCAGUGACAUCGCAGGACCUCGCCCAGUUGAAGUACACCGAAAGGGUCAUCAAGGAGAGCCUGCGCCUCUACCCCAGCGUGCCUCUGUUCGCCCGGAGAAUAAAUGAGGAGCUUCCAAUCACAGGUGGAUAUGUGAUUCCCGCCGGCACCAAUGCGCUGAUUGCCUGCUACCAAAUGAAUCGCAACCCAGAGGUUUUCCCGGAUCCAGAAAAGUUUGAUCCGGACCGAUUCCUUCCUGAAAACUGCACCGGAAGACAUCCGUAUGCCUACAUCCCUUUUUCAGCAGGACCAAGAAACUGCAUUGGACAAAAGUUUGGAAUGCUUCAGAUGAAAUCGACGGUGGCGAAGGUGGUGCGGCACUGCGUCUUGAGCCUUCCUCGCCCCGGCUACAAACCGGUGGUGACGGGCCGGGUCAUCCUCAGGGCCGAAGAUGGCGUACAGCUCAAAGUGUCACCCAGAAAAAUGACCCCCUCACCAUAGAUGUUAACCAAUCACAUUUCGACAAGGAUCCAGAUCCUGACAGUGCAAGUGCUGAAAUUCACAGCUCACACCUUUAUUCAACGAUUGUGACGUCAUAUUUUUUAGACAGAGGCGUUCCAAACAAAAAAAAAUUUGGCCUGCGACCAUCUUGGAUCAAGCUCAAACUUUGUUCUGGGUUCCUUUCAUCCACACGGACACUGCCGAAACAACAUAGGAGCGAGUUCCGACUCGAAUUUCGGGUUUUUAUAGGGGUCGUAAACCUCCAAAAGUGGCUGUUUUUUGAGGGUUUGAGAUGUUUAGGGAUAGUGGAACCGGCUGGCCAAAACAAAUUACCCACUAAGUUUUCCUUGAAGAAAAAAAUGCGCUCGUUCGACGCUACGGGCUCUCAAAGUUGCUCAAUUUCGCUAUUUCCACUGAAGAUUUGGGCAUCCCGGGGCCGUUCGAAGUAUACUUGGUCUAUAGACCAUCGUCCAUUUCGCUCCUCUUUAACUAGGGGUACGCGCCGUUUUGUUUGGGCGCGUAGUAGGCGAGCGAUGCGUCUGUAUUCUUGUAGAAGAUGGUGAAGAAUAUAUGCAAAGUAAGGCCAAUACAGGG